AUGAGGUCAACAUGUUGUCAACGAUUCGAGUGCCAGCUCAGGGAUGACCUGCAUGGAGUGAACGGAGAGGUCGAGGCAGGAAAAGGUCAAAUCACAAGAUAUGCCAACGGGCAGCGGACACGAUUCACCUUCAAGAAACCAUUCGCUCGUACGCCGAAUGUGCAGAUCACGCCAAUCCUGAGCAACCGGUCUGGAGCUUUUCAGAGCUUUUACCUCUACCUGCUCAAUCCUACCGAGGGACCACCAGUCAAUGAAACGAGAUUUUAUCUUGGAAUCUUCAGCAGCGUUGGAAAUACCGUUCAAUUUUCGUAUUUCGCUAAUGAUGUUGAUGGGGAGGAUGAGGAUUGA